GGCGGCGGUGCGGCUCCCCGCGCUCGGCGGAGGAGGUGCUCUGCCCGGCAGGAAGUGUCUCUGCGACACCUCUGUCCACGCGCCAGCCAUGGCGCCCGCUCCGGCCGUCCUGACCCGGCUGCUGUAUGCAGGUGUGUGGCGCUUGCCAGGUUUCCUGCAGAAGGCGACCCCGGGCCCGGCGGGGCUGAAUGCUAGGAUGGUGACGGGAGCCCAAGUCCCCGUGAUCAGCGAGCCCCAGCAUAGCGAUGGUAAAGGCCAGCGUCUGGAGCUGGACGGAGGCGCGGAAUCGUGGAGAGAUCUCCAGAGCAGGGUCUUGGAUGUACCACUGCAGCAUUCGGACUUCUUCAAUGUCAAGGAACUGUUUUCUGUGAAGACCCUCUUCGAGGCUCGAGUACACCUGGGCCAUAAAGCGGGUUGCCGGCAUAGGUUUAUGGAGCCUUACAUCUUUGGUAACCGCCUGGGCCAAGACAUCAUCGACCUGGAGCAGACAGCCUUGAAUCUACAGCUGGCCUUGAACUUCACCGCUCAUGUGGCCUACCGCAAAGGCAUCAUCCUGUUUGUGAGCAGGAACCGGCAGUUCUCUCAUUUGAUUGAGAAUACAGCCCAGGACUGCGGAGAGUACGCUCACACCCGCUACUUCAAGGGUGGUUUGCUGACUAAUGCACACCUCCUCUUUGGGCCCACAGUCCGCCUGCCAGACCUCAUCAUCUUCAUGCACACGCUCAACAAUGUCUUUGAACCCCACGUGGCUGUGAGGGAUGCUGCCAAGAUGAACAUUCCCACAGUGGGCGUUGUGGACACCAACUGCAACCCUUGCCUCAUCACUUACCCUAUCCCUGCUAACGAUGACUCACCCCAAGCUAUACAUCUCUUCUGCAAGCUCUUCCGGACAGCCAUCAAACGGGCCAAGGAGAAGAGGAGGCAGAUGGAGGCACUGCAUCGGCUUCAGAGUUCCCAGGGGUCUGAGGGCAGUGGGACAUCUUCUGUACCUGAUAAAAGCCAUUCCCCAUGACAGGAAUACCUGCUCCCAUACUAGAUAGCCAAGCCUGCUCUGAGCAGGAAGCUCCUUGCCCAGUCUUGGCCUAUACCCACAUUCCCCAUCCUCAGUAUCAGAGUCCUGUAUUCCCGAGAUCUGGCUACCCCAGAGUCCAAUCAUCCUGAAUUAAACCUUGUCCGCCUCCACAGCCAGGUGUCCUCUGGCAUCCAUUAAGACUUAGCCAGACAAGUGGAAGUCACUGUUUCUCUUGUCAAGUCCUUGCUUCCACUUUAGAAGUAGGUCUAUAUCAGGAGGGUUCCAUUUGGUUUCUCUUUUCGAUUACAAUUAAUACUUCUGUUCUGCAAAGGAGGUUCUAAGUAAGAAAAACGGAUGUCCCUCAGGGCCCCCAAUAGUUGCCUCUACACCUAAAACCAGUCUUAAAGGCUAACUAAGCAGGCUCCUAGAGAGGUAGAAAGGUGCACUAUACUACUAUGAGUUUACUAAUUCAUUCAAGCAGUCUGGGGAAUAUGUCUCGGAAUGGAUUUUAAGGGUGUGGUAUAAUGAUGGAAGGAACAUAAAAUUGAAUCAGGCUGUGUUUAUUGAUAUGGGCCUUCUGAGUGGAAAUCUAGGUUUAAUAUGGAAACUUGCACAGUUUUAAAAGGUGUUAAAAGUUUGCUUGAAAGGUUGGCUGAAGAAUUUGUCAAAAGAUGACCUAUUGUUGGGAGCACAAAGGUCUUGUGUCUACAGAUCACUGGGGAAACCAGAAAUGUUCAUCACACAGAGUUGUCUGCAAAGGAGGGAAUGAAUACCUGUUUUCCACUCAGAAGGCUGGGAGUGGAUAGUGUUAUAAUUACCUGGUGACCUUUGCUAUGUGUAGAGCCAGACACAAACCCCCCAGAAUGUUUAUCCCAGACUCUCCCUCCCUAGACCUUUACUUUUAGCUUUUUUUUUUUUUUUUUUUUCAAGACAGUUUCUCUGUGUAGACCAGCUGGCCUCAAACUUACUGAGAACUACCUUGCCUUUCAUAGAACUAAAGGCGUGUGCCACCAUUGCCCAGAUAGCUUUGUUUACCAGUCAUUAAAACCCAUCCUUAGGUGAGAUGUCAGAUAUUUUAUAGCCUGCUGACCUUCAUGCUGUCUAGGUCAGAGACCACUCAAUAUUCCAGGCUCUUAAACUACAGAACCCAUCUUCAUGGUCACAUGUACUUUGAGCUGAGUUUAGAUAUAAAUAUGCCUCCGUGUGCACCAGGGAUUAUAUUACACCAGGAAGCCUUUUUCCAAAAUUGUACUGUUUAAAUAUGCUUACAAUAAACUGCCUGGUGUCAGACUCUAGAACUUUGAACCAGCACCAACUAA